AUGUCGGCACGAGAAUCAACAGCCUCAAUUGAUGAAUUGUUUGGAGGAAGUGGGGGAGGCGAAGAAGCUGUUGGUGAUCAUGAGGACGACUUUUUUGCAUCAAUACAACAAAACCAUCCAAUUACUCCUUAUGAGCAGCAAGAGAAUAUAAAGAUAGACGAUAUAACUUACCCUGAACACGAAGGUCACCCUCCCAACAGUGAGGAGGUAUCGAAUGAUGACGAUUAUCCAGUUCCAGAUCAAACAGAGAAUCAUGAUGAUCACGCACAGGAGCAAGUUGAGGAACCGGAUUUCUUUCAAAACGAGGUGAAGAAUAAUAAUGAGGCGAAGAAUAAUAAUGAUGAUGAUGAUGAUGAUGAUGAAGGGGAUUCCUUUUUCAGGAGUCUUUCUGUACCGCAACCGAGGGAGGUUUUUCGAAGUAGUAUUGAUACAACUGAACAUAUGGAAGUUGCUCCGCAAGAGGACACUUUGGAAGCUGAGGAACCGAUAGGCAAAGAUGUACAUAACGAUGAAGGGCACUCAUUUGCCCAAGCGUUGAACUUGGGUGAGCAACAUCAACCACAAAUUGGAGGCAAAGAUGUGGAUAAUGACAAUAAUUUGAAUGAUGACAGUGAUGGCAAGUAUUAUGCUUUACCACUGACUUCGCCGGAAGCAAACACCACUGAUUUGGAUCACGACAGCUUGUUUAAUGCUUCUCCUAUUGAGAAAGAUAUAAAUCAACUUGGUCCAGAACAUGGAGAUGAAUUGGAUUGGCUAUCGAGUAGAGAAGCGGGUGCCAAGGAAGACCUAGAACACUUUGAAAAAUCUUCGAAGGAGCCGGAAACUUCACCAGCACUUCACGUUGACGAGGGUGAGCAGUCAUCAUUGAAUCAACAAGACCACCCGGGCAACACCCCAUCGACCGAGGAACCCAAACUUGAGUCCAAAUUGGAGGAGUUGUUCCAAGAUGAUGGUGCAGACUUUUUUCAAAACUUGGAUGAAAAGAAAAAUGCCGUCACAACUGAAAAGGAUGUCAAUGGUGCUACCACUGAGAAGUAUACUGAACAAUCGAACGAUUCCACAAAAGCCGAUACUUUUGAUUCAAGGCACAAGGAGCCCACCGAAGAUCUCGUUAACAAACUCGCUGACUUAGAUUUGGAAUUGGACGAUGAUCUCUUACUCGAUGAUGACUUUUUAGAAGAGCCUCCGAUUCAAGCACCUACUCAACUGAAAUCCAACUACACUCCGCAACAACCGAAACCCAGUCUGUACACACCACAACAAAAUCCUCAACACCAAAGACACAAUUUAUAUGCACCUUCGGGGCCCCAAGUACAACAACAGCAAGACUCUGCCUUAUUUGCACAAAACUUGGCACAAUCGAAAAAGAAGAGCGAUGCGUAUGACUUUCCUGAAGAGUUGAUUGUCAGCAAAGUCAAGCCUGCACCAAGACAUUCAGUAAACAAAUAUGCACCUACAGCAGGAACUUCCCAAAGUUCCAUAGAAACACUUAAUUCAGCAACAAACACUGCUGCCGGUGUCGGUGUCGGUGCCGCUGCUACUGCUCCUGUUCCACCACCGCUGCAUAAAGCUUCGAGUUUGUCGAGAUCCUCGUCUCACUCUCAGCCACAUGCUUCUUCCAAAGAGAAACCAGCACCAUCGGCGCAACAAAAGAAAUCCUUUUUUGAAGAUUUUCCAGACACUGAUUUGCCUAAGCCUAAAAAAGCUGCCAGAGCCGCUGCACCAGUCAAAGCUGUCAAUCAACAUCACCCGGUUGCAUCACCCAUCCAACAACAAAACCAACUUCAUAAAGCUCAACCGCAAAGCCAACCGCUUCCCAAAGCUGGUAAUAAGCCACCUCCGGUGAACCCAUAUAUGCCUAAAUCCGGUACUUCUCCCAUUUUGCAGAAGCAGGUGCCUAGUAUUGGUCAUAGUGGUAUUGCCAAACCAGGUGUGAUUUUGCCACAUAAUGACGCGAAUCCCAAUACCGGAUAUUCAUUUCCACCAAGCGGUGGUAACAUUCCAGGGCAACAGCAGCAUCACCAGCCAGCAACAAAUGCUCAUCCACAUCCACCUUCUAUGCAACAAGGAGGUCCGCAUCCGAAGGCUGGUAUGCCGCCCCCGCCAUCAAACAUGUAUGCACCUCCUGCUGCAGGAACGCUUCCAUUAUCACAGGCUCAACAGCAUCACCAUCAGCAUCAGCAUCAACAACAACAGCCAUUCCCAUCGGUCAGUACAUCUCAUCAUGCCACUACUGCUCCAGUGGGCGGAGCCAGGAGAGCGUCGCAAUCAAUCAAUACAAAUGUGGGAAGAUCAGGACUGCCCAAUGCCAACAGCCCGUACGUUCCAAAUGCAGGACCCUAUGCACCACUGAAUCAACCAAAAAGUCACAAUAGAACUAAUUCACUUGUAGGAGGUAAAGGAAAAGAAAUCAAUCCAUAUGCACCAAUGGUUUCCCCUGUUGUCAGCGAUGGCUCACCGUCGUUGUCCAAUCAACAUCCACAGCCAGUCUCAACGACUCCAAGCAUUGUACCACCGCCUGGUAGGGUACGUGGAUUUUCAAAUGCAAGAAACAGCAACAUCUACAAAACCGCUCCCAAAGUAGUCAACCCAGAAGAGUUAGUGCAUAGACAAUUUCCUAUAUUCAACUGGAGCAGUUCACAAAAUGUCGCCGUGGUCAGAGUUAACAAAGCGUAUGACCAUCCAGUGGUUAGUGUUGAGCCCAUUACCAACUUGUGCAAGGACAAGGACUUGUACAUCAACUUCCCCGGACCAUUGGUAAAGGGCAAACUGAAAAAGAAGGAUAUUUUGAAUUGGUUAGAUGUGGCAAGUGGAUAUUUGCGCAUCAACGGAUGGGAAAAUGAGCUUGUUCUCAAUGGCGUGAUGACACAACUCGUUCAAUUUGAUGGUGAUUUAUCUUCUCAUGAAUGCAUAAAGCAAAUAUGUCUCAUUUUGAAUCCAAAUAUCAAUUUUGAUAUUCAGAAUUUCCCAAUGACUGGAGGGACCGCCAAUGCGUACAAGUUGGAUAGCGCUAGUAUCAAUUCUGUAUUUGCAUUGAUUCAAGCGGGCCAUAUUGACAAGGCUUUGGAAUACGCAAUCACAAAGGGCGAUUGGUCGAUGGCUUUAGUACUUGCUAAUUUCAAUGGCGCCCAGAGUUUUGCAAGAAUUGCCUCUGAAUACGCAAGAAACGCAUUCCCAUUUUCUAAAGCCAACAAUAAGGUUUUGCAUAUCAUGCCAAUCUUGUUGAAGGUUCUUGCAGGAAAUGUGCAGAGCGUCAUUCAGGAUUUGACCAAUGUUGUUAGUGAGGGAGAUUAUGCUGAUUUGCACUGGAGAGAUAUCGUGUCCUCUGUUGCAAUGAUCAACACCGUCAAAUCGAAGGAGUUUUUGAUUGAGUUUGGUAAAUUGUUAAUUACUCGGGGUAAUCAGUUGGGUGGAGAAGUGUCAUUCAUUCUCGCGGGAUUGCCUCUUGGUCAACUAGGUUUCACUGCGAUUUCAUCUGGGUCUAACUCCAUGUACACCCAAUUAUAUGAGUACGUUUUAACCACAAGUGGCAAGUCAGCACCGUUGCCCCACUUGUUGCCCAUAAAAUUGAAACAUGCUUCUACUUUGGCUGAUUAUGGAUUGAUCAAUGAGUCACAAAAGUAUAUCGAUUACAUCAAUUCGAUUAUCAAGUCCUUGGGUAAUCGAUCACCAUUUGUUUCACAGCAAUUGAUUCACGAGUUUCAAAAUCUAAUAAUGAGAUUGAGUGAAUUGGGCUCAACUGAACAAGGUGGAUGGUUUGGGGGUAAAAUGAGUAAAGUGAAUUUAGAUAAAGUAUGGGGUCAAAUUGACAAAUUUAUUGCUGGUGAUGAAGCCAAACCAAAGACCAAUGAGAAUGGUGUUUUCAGCAAAUUCAGUCCGGCAACAUCACGAAACACAUCCACAUUGGAUUUGGGAACGUUGCAUAAACACUUGUCACCGGGAAUGAAGACGCCAGAUGUGUUUGAAAGAAAGCCGCCAGUGACACAUCACGCAAGUUACCCACUUGGUGCCUCCGCUGGAGUCACUUCCAGCUCAUUUGCACCGCCCUUAGUUUCUCAACUGUCGUCUACUUCUGUCAACAAGUAUGCUCCUCCUCCAAACUUGGCUGCCAAUUCAUCGUUUCAAAACAAUACUGUGUCGUCAGGAGGAGCCACAACCGCACAUGGUGCAAUCCCUCAUACUGCAGGGCCUGGAUCCGAUAGGUAUACGCCCUAUGCAACACAAGCCAAUGCCACGUCACAAUUCAACCCAAUUCAGGACGCCCUGCACCAGUCCUCUCCAAAAGGUAAAGGCUAUUUGCCGUCUAGUCGGAAAACAGCCUCUUACCCCUACUCCAAUUACGCUGCCCAGGGAUCUACGUCAUCACUUGGUUCAAUUAAUCAACAGCAACAGCAACAGCAACAGCAACAGCAACAGCAACAUCAUCAUCAACAUGGGCAGAGUGACUCUAUAUCGAGUGUGAUUUCCGGUGAUGUUUUUGUCCACAGUGCAGCCAAUAUUGCUCCAAGUGGUGGUAGUCACCAACAAACAGGACCAACCACAACUGGUGUUUCAGAGGACGAGAAUAGAGAAGAGGGUGAGAAAAUUGAAACGAUCAAGGAGUCGCCCGAAUUGAAACCGGUGUCACAAUCUCAAUAUCAAGUGGACAAACUGCACACUACUCCUUCAAAAUUACCAAGAAAGAAACAGGUUCCGCUUGAGGGUAAACCAGGGGAUCAUCAAGCUGCGAAAUCCAAGUCUCUUGAAAUGUCGGACGCUAAAGAGCAGCAACCUGGCUCCGAGCAACGUAGUUCUGAACAAGUUGAAUCUGAAGUACAAGCUGGAUCUGAACAGACAACAGAUGCCACUGCACCACCACCACCACCACCUCCUCCUCCCCCUGCUGUGCAGAAAACCAAAUCGGCACCUUCAACUAUACGAGCUAAUCCAUACGCCCCUGGAAGUGGGGCCAAGCCAGCAUCAAGAAGAAACAAAUACGGUCCGGGAGCAUCCACUUCGCUGAUCAACAAGUAUGGUCCAACACCGGUGGCCAGUGGACAACAAAAUGGAACUUCAAAUGCGGAGAAUGAGGCGCAACAACUGCACAGUGCGGAAGAAUCCAUUCCGUCGCGACAACUUCCGCCGUCUGCUAAUAUCGACACUAGUUUUGGUAUCUAUUCUGAGCCCGCAAGACACGAGUCAAGAGCUAUUAUUGAUCAAGAUGAUUCUUCUGCUCCUCCAGCACCCGAUCUUGAUGAUAGUUUCGAGGAUCCUUCACUUGCUGAGUCGACAAAUAUCCUACACACCCCACAAGCGAAACCAUUGAGAUUGAACCAAGGACGCGGUAGUGUUGGCGGGUACGAUGCCGCUGCCAUGGGGGGAGUAUCUUCAAACUUUAUGAAUACGGCGUUUACUGAUGCCAAUAAUAGAGGUCCUGCUUUGGAUGGGUUCCCUAUUCCUGGAAGUCCUGAAUCUACAACACGUGCCAAUUCCGUGUUUGGUGGUGCUCAUGGGCCUUCUAAUGGGGGUAGAGCUGGUGGGUUGUUUUCUUCGAGAUUGUCACAGUCACAGCAAAGUGCAUUGUAUCAACAGUAUGAAGUGCAAGAUGAUACUGUGAGAGAUUAUGUGCCAGUGAUUGAAGAAGAAGAGGAUGAUGAUGAUGUGGAGGAGGAGGAGGAAGAAGAUGAUGAUGAGGGUUCUGAUGCAAAAAAGAGGAGGCAAAAGGAGAAGGCUGCUGAACAGGAAGCAAAAGCUAAAUUGGAAAGACAGAAAUUGGAAGCAGAGUCAGUUAAGGAACAGGAGAGGAAACGACAAAAGCAAGGCAAACAAGGUGGUGAAAAAGGUUGGCUUACUGGUCUUUUCGGUAAGAAUGAUGGUAAGGAGAAGCCAACUAGAGCACAUUUAGGAAACCGAAAUACAUUUUACUAUGACGAGAAGCACAAGAGAUGGCUAGAUUCGUCAAGAUCGAUUGAGGAACAAUUGAAAGAAGGUCAGGCUCCUCCACCUCCACCCAGUAUGAAGAAGAAGCCUGCUGCUGCGCCAGUCACUGGUGCUGGUGCCGGAAGCCAACCACAAUCAGCUGCAAUGUCAUCAUCGAUAUCUGCGGCUCCGCCACCAUUAGCACAUGGUAAUAUACCACCAGCAGCUUCCGAUUCAUUAGUACCACCCACGUCUGCCUCUGAUACGACGGGUGGAGGAUCGAGUUUGACUACUCCGAGACCCACGCCCAAACCUAAACCUAAGCCUAACUCAAGGGCUGCUGUGGGGGGAGGUGCAAGUUUGGCCAAUGCUGGAUUGGAUGAUUUGUUGUCGUUGAGUGAAGGCACUGGAGGUGGUGGACGGAAGGGUAAACGUGCUGGACGGAGAGGGUACGUUAACAUGAUGGAGAAGUAG